UACACACUUGGAAAUUAAAUCGCUCUCUCUCUGCCCCCAUUAAUUUUCUCAACUACGCACCACUCAAUUGCUCUCUUUUCACUGAUCGCUUUCUCUUCGCUUUCCCCUUGCGAAACCCUAACCCUAACCCUAAUGCUUCAGCAACGACCAUUCGAUCUCGCCGGAGGCGUUGAUUCUCAGUGUCGAGAUAAAUUUUGAACAUGAUUUAAGGGAGUUUAGCUGUAAUUGAGGCUUCAUCGAUCAAAAAGUACGAAUGGGUGCGGAUAAAGGAGGCACGAAGAGUGGGGGUUUCUUUCAUCUGUUUGAUUGGAACAGAAAAUCCCGGAAGAAGUUGUUCUCCAGUGGAACUGUUUCACCAGAGAGCACGAAACAAGAGAAGAGAAGCCAGGAUAAUUUGGCAGCAUCACGACUGCGUUUGGUUGAUGAUGAUGAUGAGGUUGUAGGAGUAUCUAGUGUUAAGGGAAGUAGUGAUUAUAGUUGUGCAUCAUCAAUAACUGAUGAAGAAGGAUUUGCCCUAAGGGCCCCAGGAGUAGUAGCUCGUCUUAUGGGAUUGGAUUCCAUGCCCACAUCAGGUGCAUCUGAACCUAGUUCCACACCAUUCUUCGACACAAGAUCUCUUCGAGACAAACAAAGCCAUAAAACAAGUCCUGAGUUUUACGUUAAUGAUCGGUUCAAUCAUGUAGUCCACAGAGCCGAUGGAUACGCUAGGAGACCAAUGGAGUUGCGGGCUCAAAAGAUGCCAAGCAGCCCAAUUGAGAGGUUUCAGACAGAAACUUUACCUCCGAGGUCCGCAAAGUCUCUCCCAUUAACCCAUCACAAGUUGCUGUCACCCAUUAAAAACCCCGGCUUCAUCUCUGCUAGAAAUGCGACUCAUAUAAUGGAGGCAGCUGCGAAGAUACUUGAUCCCGGGAAUCAGCCAAGUACCAGGACGAAAGUUUCGUCAUUUGCACCAUCUUCUGUUCCCUUGAGAUUUCGUGAUUCUAAGGACAACAUGGUGGUUCCUCAGUCUCAAAGAACGUUGAGGAUUCUAGAAUCUGCCAGAACUCCUGUAGAUUCAACUGAUUUUAGGUAUCUUAGAGGGCAACCCUUGAACAAAAGUUGGAAUGGUUCGGAAGACAGUACAGCAUUGAGACGGUCUCCAGAUGUUCGUGAACCUAAUCUAGCUGAUGUAAAGGGUAAGGGAAAAUCCAUUUCUUUGGCGAUCCAGGCUAAAGUUAAUGUCCAGAGAAGGGAGGGAUUAAGCUCAUCCUCUAGGAAUUCAUUAGACCAAAAAGAGCAUGAGUGCAGUUUUAACCCACCUUUCAAGAGCCAACAAAACAAUCAAAAGAAUAAGCAGCAGAAGAAGCCAUUAUCGACCAAUGCUUCAGGUGUUCUCAGGCAAAACAAUCAAAAGCAGAAUUGCAUGUCGAACAAAGGCAAAUUAUCUUCAAAGCAUUCAAUGUAUAAUCAGCAUGGUAGAAAAGUUAGUGCAGGAGAUUCAUCUUCUACAAAGAACAAGACUUUUAAUAAAUUCUCUGGAAACUCCAGAGUUGGCCAAAGGAAGGAAUGUGUAGAAACCAUGGACUUUGAAAGGGAAGGAUCAUCAUCAAGUAAUAAGGACUUUCCUCGAAAGAAAAGAUUGAUAGAACGGGGUUUUAUCUCUGAGAAAAAUGGGUUUGUAGAUAAUGUCUUGGUGGAAAGGCAUCAAAAACGUGUCCAGUCCAAUGUUGUAAUAGAUGAGCGUUCAAGUUCAAGGUGGAAAGCAGAUAAUAGAAGUGAUGGAGCGGAUGUAGUGUCAUUUACAUUCACCUCGCCUCUGAUAAAACCAGUAUCAGGAAGUAGGUUUUCCAAUCAAGCGGUGGAAAAUUUGGAUAAUGGGAACAUGUAUUGCUUUGAUACUCAUAAGCAAAUGAAGGAUGAAGAUGAAAAUGAUAAGAAACUGACCUCACAUGGUCUGAACGUGAUAAGUGGUGAUGCUUUGAGUUUUCUCUUGGAACAGAAAUUGAGAGAAUUAACUUCUGGGAUGGAGCCAUCUUCUAGCAGCACUCUCAAAGAACGUAGUUUUACAGCCUCGUCUGACUCGCAAGAAUCGGUAUCUGAUCUUACGUCGGACACUUCCACAGUGGAAAAUCAAAAGGAGUUCCAGCAAAAUUCAUGUAGCUAUAAACCCGGUAGCAUAUUUGGCUAUGGUGUUUCUUCAAUCAAUGGUCAAGAGUAUGGAGUGAGCACGCUGAAGGGAGAGGAGGAAUGUAGCAGUAGCAGUGAUGCCCGAAAGGAGCUUGACCAGGAAAAUUUGAGUCCCUUCUCCGUUCUUGAAGCAUCAUUUUCAAAUGAAAGCUACAACUUGACUGAAAGCUUGGACGGCACUAAUGGCGGCAAGACAUGUUUAUCAUCCAUUCAGGCCCAAAACAACAUGAGCUUCAUCUCAGUAGCUGAAACAGAGUUGUCAGAUUCUGCCUCUUCUACACUAACUGAAAAUUCAGACGCAUCAGAAAUUAACAACGCAAGCCAUACAAAAUCAAGCAACCAUGAAUUAGAUUACAUAAAGGAGAUAGUAUUCAACAGUGCAACAACCUCCAAGGUUCUCGCUGGAGAAAAACUGAACCCACUUCUCUUCGACAAGUUGGAAGCUAAGAGGAGGGUGGAGGACAAAGACGGUAGGUUGAGGAGAAAAACGCUAUUUGAUUGCGUCGAUGAGUGCCUGGAUUUGAAAUGCAGCAGGUACUUUAGGACUGGGUAUAAAUCAUGGUCUAAAGGUGCAGCAGUCGUCAACGAAGAAAAUUUGGCAAAAGAAAUAUACGCUGAGAUUUCGGGAUGGAACAGUAUGGGAGAUUGGAUGGCGGAUGAAGUCGUGGACAAGGACAUGAGUAGCCAUUUGGGUAAGUGGGUGGAUUAUGAGAUCGAAGCUUUUGAAGCGGGAGCAGAGAUUGAGAAGGAGAUUGUAAAUUCCUUGGUCGACGAAGUGAUUGCUGAUUGCUUGAUGAAAGCCGCCCCUUCUUGCUCAUGAGAUUGAAGCUUUUGAAGCAGAGGAUUGGAGACUGAGAGGGGGAGAUUGUAAAUUUCUUGGUUGCUGGAGGAGCAUUUUGAUGAUUGCUUGAUGAUAGGAUGCCUCUCCUAGUAUCAAAUGUAAGGUUCAAAUAAUUAUGUUUCUCGUCUCUUAAUUCAUAUUUUUGAUUUGGAGGAUCUCGUCUCCAAGUAAAGUUAAGUCGUUGAAAGCUUAGAUGGUUCUGAAUUGAACAAGUGGGGUACUGGACUA